CCCUCCUCCCCCUUCCCCUCCGGCAUCCUUGUGUGCGCCCUCUUUCCAUCUAUCCCAAUACUCGACACACACAUCAUCAUCCUCGCCCCUCAUAAUCAGCCAGAAUGCGUCAAAAGCGCGCCAAGAGCUACCGCAAGCUCAUGAGCCUGUACCACAUCAACUUCGGCUUCAGGCAGCCGUACCAGAUCCUCGUCGACGCCGACAUGUGCAAGGCAGCGAUCGACAACAAGAUGGACCUGCACAAGCAGUUGGAAAUGGUGCUGCAGGGUGAUGUCAAGCCGAUGAUCACGCAGUGUUGUAUACACUCGCUGUACUUGGAGGGAAAGGCCGUGCAGCCGGCGGUGGACCUGGCAAAGACGUUUGAGCGGAGGAAGUGCAAUCAUCGUGAGGCAAUUGCGGCGGAUGAAUGCCUUGCAGCGGUCAUCGGACCCACAAAUAAGCACCGAUAUGCAGUCGCCACUCAGUCCCAGCCCCUGCGAGUGAAGCUGCGCGCCAUCCCCGCCGUACCCCUUGUCCACAUCAACCGCGCUGUCAUGAUCCUUGAGCCACCAAGCGAUGCUACCUUACGACAGAAAGAACUCCUCGUUGCCACUUCGCUUAAGCCUUUUGCGCAAGACGCAUCGUUGGCGAGCAAGCCGUCCACCUCGAAAGAAGAGCCGCCGAAGAAGAAACAGAAGGGACCGAAGGGCCCGAAUCCACUCAGCGUUAAGAAGAAACAGAAGGGUACGGACGCAGCGUCAAAAGGGAAGAAGCCUGAGGAGAGUGCAAAGGCGGGCGAAAAGCGCAAACGCAGCCAAGAGGACGACGGCCAUACGGAGGGUGGGCAUGCGAAGGUCGACAUUAUCACAGGCGGCGACGGAGAGGCAGGUCAGUCAUCAGGUCGCAAGCGCAAGAGAAAGCGGAAGACAGGCGGUGCGCAGGCCGGCGGAGGCGAGGGAGAAGCAGUGGAGGCAGCGUGAAUGUAUGUGCCGUUAGCUUUGUGAUGAGUAUGUUGUUGAUUGUCGUGUGUAAAGAAAUGUAUGCGCGCGCUAUGUCUGGCUGGCCAAUCUUC